AUGGACCGGCUCGCGAGCGUUCGCGCGCGGCUGCAGCAGUGGGAACGCGCCUUCGCACGGCUGCACGGGAGGCGGCCAGCGCAGGAGGAUGUGGAGGCGGCGCCCGAGGAGACCCGCGCGCUCUACCGUGAGUACCGGAACUUAAAACAGGCAGUGCGCCAGGCUCGGGACGGACACCGCAUCCCAGAGCAGUCUCUCGCCGAGGCAGCUGAGGAGGCGCAGGAGCCAAGCUGCUGGGGUCCCCACCUGAAUCGAGCUGCAACCCAGAAGACACAGCCCACGCCCAGGCAGAGACCAUUGAGUUCAGUACAACACUAUGGGAAGAGGCUCAAAGACAAUCUGAAGAAAACAAAGCUACAGACUAGGCCAACCCUGAGCCAAAAACUCCAGCCUCAGAAGAGAUCCUUGUCCACGGUGCCCACCCCAAGGCCGCCAGACCCAAGGACCUGUCCAGAUGAAGCUAAUGAUGAACUUCCCCGGCUUCCUGAGCUCCAGCCAAGGCUAGGCCAGCUCCAACAGCUUCAGGCCUCCCUGAGUCUGAGGCUGAGUUCCCUAGACCCUGGCUGGUUGGAGCGGUGUCAGGACGGGGUUUCAGAGGUUCCCAGUGCCUAUGGACUUGACCUGGAUACAAAGGAGUCACAACCUCAGAUAUCAGGCAAGGUGAAUGUCCUUGAUCCUGGUAUCCAUUCAGAAGGAUCUUCACAGAGCCCAGAGGCCCUAGCCCUGAAGUCACAGAGCCCCAAAUCUAGCAACAAUAGAGACAGGAAACGGAAACGGAGUGAGAAUUCUGAGGACUUUGCACAAGCCCAGGACAGCAGCCAUGCAGGACUGCUAUCUGAGGGAGCCAGGGCUGCAGCACAUGAGAAAGACCCUCCAGGAGAGCCUGCACAAGUGAAUGCAUCUCAGCCCCGCGAGGCCUCAAAUCAGGCCAGAACAGAGAAGGCUAAGGGCACAGCCCAGCUCCACAGCUCCCCGCGACCAGCUUUCCUGGACAGAGGGAACUAUGUUCGGCUCAAUAUGAAACAGAAGAGCUAUGUACGAGUUGGGGCCAAUCGAGGCAGGCUUCUCCGAAAGCAGGUCUGGAAGCAAAAGUGGAAGAAGAAGAGAGAACAGUUUGGGGGAGGUGGACCCAGAGCCACAGUUGAGGACACUUGUUUCCGGUGUGGACAAUCUGGUCACUGGGCAUCCCAAUGCUCCCAGCCAGGCUCCACCCUGACCUUCCAGGAGGAAGGCGGCAGGGAUGACAAACAGCCAGUUUCUGCUUUGGAAGAAGUAGCACAGAUGACAGGCACUACCUCCUGUCACCUCUCUGGUGAAGACACAGAACCUGAUGGGCCAAAGUUACAAGUACCCUGUCCGCCCCACCCAAUGUUGCCCCUCUACCCACCAGGGCCCUUGGGGCAGGUAGCAGAAAGCCCUGCUGAGGUAUUCCAGGCCCUACAGCAGCUAGGGCACCAAGCCUUCCGCCCUGGACAAGAACGUGCAGUCAUGCGGAUUCUUUCAGGCAUCUCUACUCUGUUAGUGUUGCCCACGGGUGCUGGCAAGUCUCUCUGUUACCAACUUCCUGCACUGCUCUAUGCCCAGCGAAGCCCCUGCCUCACACUGGUGGUCUCUCCUCUCCUGUCACUCAUGGAUGACCAGGUGUCUGACCUGCCUUUGUGUCUGAAGGCAGCUUGCCUCCACUCAGGUAUGACCAAGAAACAACGAGAAUCAGUCUUGAAAAAGGUCAAGGCAGCCCAGGUGCAUGUGCUGAUUGUGUCCCCCGAGGCCUUGGUCGGGUGUGGGGCCAACUUCCUUCAGGCCACUCAACUGCCUCCGAUUGCCUUCGCCUGCAUUGACGAGGUCCACUGCCUCUCUCAGUGGUCCCACAACUUCCGGCCCUGUUACCUGCGUGUUUGCAAAGUACUUCGGGAGCGUAUGGGUGUGUGCUGCUUUUUGGGUCUCACAGCCACAGCCACACGAAGCACCGCACGUGAUGUGGCCCGGCACCUGGGCAUCACUGACGAGCUUGAGCUCAGUGGGUCAGCCACCAUCCCUGCUAAUCUGCACCUCUCCGUGUCCAUGGACAGAGACUCAGACCAGGCUCUGGUAACACUGCUGCGGGGGGACCGUUUUUGUACCCUGGAUUCGAUCAUCAUUUACUGCACUCGGCGGAAGGAUACAGAACGGGUGGCUGCACUCCUCCGGACCUGCCUGUCCGAGGUGACAGAUUCAAGGCCUAAAGGCUGUGGCCCUGAGGCUAUCGCUGAAGCAUACCACGCUGGCAUGUGCGGCCAGGACCGGCGACGCGUGCAGCAGGCCUUCAUGCAGGGCCACCUGCGGGUGGUGGUGGCCACAGUCGCCUUCGGGAUGGGGCUGGACCGGCCAGAUGUUCGGGCUGUGCUACACCUGGGACUGCCUCCGAGCUUUGAGAGCUACGUGCAAGCUAUCGGCCGAGCAGGACGGGAUGGGAAACCUGCCCACUGCCACCUGUUCCUGCAGCCCCAGGGGGAAGAUCUAUGGGAACUGCGCAGACAUGCCCAUGCUGAUGGCACCGACUUCUGGGCUGUGAAGAGAUUGGUGCAGCGUGUGUUCCCGCCCUGCACGUGCACCCCGAGGCCUGUGACUAAAUCCCUGCUUGAGGAGGCCAGAGAGCACAAUGGCCAGCCAGCACACCCUGUAGUGGGACAGGCCUGCCCGGGCCAUAAGCGGGCGCUUCCAGUGCAGUCUACAGUACAAGCUCUGGACAUGACGGAGGAGGCUAUUGAGACUCUGCUGUGCUAUCUGGAACUACACCCUCGCCACUGGCUGCGGCUGCUGCCAUACACCUAUGCCCAUUGCCAUCUGCGCUGCCCUGGGGGCUGUGCCCAGCUGCAAGCUCUGGCCCACAGGUGUCCCCCUUUGGCCGCAUGCUGGGCCAAGUGGCCACCUAAAGAGACACGUCAGGGCAGCAGCUCCUUAGAGUUUGACAUGGUGGAGCUGGCAGACUCGAUGGGCUGGGAGCUGGCCUCUGUACGGCGGGCUCUCCACCAGCUGCAGUGGGACCAACAGCCAAAGAAAGGUGUACCACGGGGCCCAGGGGUGCAUGUGGAGUUCAGUGAGUUGGCCUUUUACCUGCACAGUCCUGGAGACCUGACAGAUGAGGAGAAGGACCAGAUCUGUGACUUUCUGUACAGCCGUGUGCAGGCUCGUGAACGCAAGGCCCUGGCCCAUCUACGCCACAUCUCUAAGGCCUUUCGCAGGGUGGCCUUCCCCAGUUGUGGACCCUGUCUAGAGCAGUCUGAUGCGGAGCGCAGCGACCAAUUGAAGACCUUGCUCAGCCACUACUUUGAGGAAGAGGAGGAAUCUGUGGAGGAGGAGCAGGGUCCAGAGCCCGGGCAGAACGAGCUUCAGGACUGGGAGGACCAUAUUCGUCGUGAUAUCCGUCAGCUCCUGUCCCUGAGGCCAGAGGAAAGGUUUUCAGGACGGGCUGUGGCCCGCAUCUUCCAUGGCAUUGCAAGUCCCUGCUACCCAGCCCAGGUCUACGGGCAGGACCGGCGCUUCUGGAGAAAGUAUCUACAUCUGAACUUCCACGCCCUGAUGCGCCUGGCUACAGAAGAGCUCCUGCUGAUAGGCAGAUAACCACCCUCCAUGGGAAAGGGCUACAUGAUGGAGACGCGAGGCAAGCCAGACUGUGGCCACUACAGAGAGGGUGUCAGGUUCAUCUGCUCAUCAAGGCGAUGACGUAGCCAUCACUGGCCAGUAGGCAAAACCUCCCAGCUGCAGUCAGGGAAAAAGAUCCAAAGUGCCAAAU